CGCCAAGGGGUGGUUGUGGGAACAUUUGAACGCGUUUUGUUUGUGGGGUUUAUGUAAUUUGAAUGUGUUGACUUAGAAGCAGUCGUCAGUUGUGAGCCACAGUCUCACUCUCUUCCUUCCCUUGCCUUUUCCCUUUGUACUAGAAGCAGGCCCACACAUGUUAUCCUCUCACGCCCUUUUGAAUUUGACUCUCCACUACAGAAGAAAACUCAACGCAAACGUGCUCCACUUGGUUCCUAAUUAAUUUAAGUGCAAGUUCAUCCUCUACCUCUUCCUUUCCUCACACUUGUCACGCAACUUCCUUCCUUCCCACUCCUUAUAAGACCAUACCACUCCCUCACUCAAAUUCAUUCAUCUCAAAUCUCACCAGUCCUUCAGAGUUCCUCAACCCGCAUACCUUUUCUCUCAGUGUUUCUCUCUGCCUACUUCAUCUCCCUCUUUCAUGGCUCUCGAAGCUCUCAACUCACCAACCACACCCACGCCUUCCUUUCACUACGAACAACCCAGCCUCCACUCUCUGGAGUCAUGGGCCAAGCGCAAGCGUUCCAAGCGUCCUCGCUUCGACAACCAACCUACAGAGGAAGAGUAUCUGGCUCUCUGCCUCAUCAUGUUGGCUCGAGGAGGCGCCGCCGCCUCCACCGUCUCACACCGCCGCCAUCUCUCUCCCCCUCCUGCCCUGCAGGUGGAAGCUCCUAAACUCACAUACAAAUGUUCAGUUUGUAACAAGGCCUUCGCAUCCUACCAGGCACUAGGGGGACACAAGGCCAGCCACCGUAAGCAGUCCGGAUCCGAUGACCUGUCGGCCUCCAUCACCACCACAAGCACCGCGGCCGCUGCCAGCGGUGGUAGGACUCAUGAGUGUUCCAUCUGUCACAAGACUUUCCCCACUGGACAGGCUUUGGGUGGACACAAGCGAUGCCACUACGAAGGCGGCGCCAGCGUCAGCAGUGGCGUUACCUCGUCCGAAGGUGUGGGGUCAACCCACAGCCACCGUGACUUCGACCUCAACCUGCCGGCUUUUCCCGAAUUAUGGUCCGCACGUCGAUUCCCAGUCGAUGACGAGGUCGAGAGUCCUCUGCCGACAAAGAAGCCCCGUCUCCAGAUGCUGCCGCCAAAAACCGAAGUCUCUCUAGAUCACCAUUAGAUUUCCAAAUUUAGGAUUAGUUUCUUUCUUUCUUCUCUAGAAAUGACCAUUGAAAUUCGUGUAUUUUUUUUUUUUUCCUUUUAGCUCCCCUCGAUUAGAAUUUGUUUCUCCUGUACAUGCUAUCUGAACUCGUAGUUGUUCAGCUGUGAUAGUGAUUAUUCAAUUGAUUGAUUUUUUAUUAAAACAAA